AGUCGCCGAGUGCUGCUGCAGCGCGCUCAGUCCAGCUCGCACCUUCCCUCCCGGCUGCGGCCCGAGAGGGCGGGGAGCGCGGCGGCGGGGCCCGAGCGGGGGGCGAGCCCGGAGACCCCGGCCUCGGGCGCCUUCACGCCGUCUCGGAGCGCAUAAUGCUGUGAGCAGGCGCCGCGCCGGCCGACCCGGCAGGAUCCGCGCGUGGCGGGCAGGGUCUUCGUGAGCCUUCGGGAGGUGUCGGUGCCGAGCGCCCGGCCCUCGGGUCAGCGGCUGGGAUCCUUGGCGCCGCUGGUUUCUCCAUGCUGUGGAAGGGACUGGCGGAUGUAACUGGCUCUCCAGAAAGCCCUGCUUGGCUGUAAGUCCAGGAAGGCCUCUUAGCCCUCCGUCUCAUUUCAAAGCCACUGCUGAAGCUACUUGAGGAAAAUGAUGUGACAGUUCCUAUCAGAAAGGAUAUUGGGAAACAUAACAUCCGUGAAGAAAGUAGCCCUUUUUCCCUUUUGCGAAAUCAACAUUCUCAAACUCCAAAAUGCCAGCCAAGACCCCAAUUUACCUGAAAGCUGCCAAUAACAAAAAAGGAAAGAAAUUUAAACUGAGGGAUAUCUUGUCUCCCGAUAUGAUCAGUCCUCCCCUUGGAGACUUCCGCCACACCAUUCACAUCGGCAAGGAAGGCCAACAUGAUGUCUUUGGAGACAUUUCGUUUCUUCAAGGCAACUAUGAGCUUCUGCCUGGAAACCAGGAGAAAGCACACAUGGGCCAGUUCCCUGGGCAUAAUGAGUUCUUCCGGGCCAACAGCACCUCCGACUCCAUGUUCACAGAAACGCCCUCCCCGGUGCUUAAAAACGCCAUCUCCCUCCCGACCAUCGGAGGGUCCCAAGCACUCAUGUUGCCCUUAUUGUCACCGGUGACAUUCAGUUCGAAACAGGAGUCCUUUGGGCCGGGAAAGCUUCCCCGGCUUAGCUGUGAGCCUGUCAUGGAGGAGAAGCCUCCAGAGAAAAGCAGUCUGUUGGAGAACGGAACAGUCCACCAGGGGGACGUCUCUUGGGGGUCCAGUGGGUCUGCAUCCCAGUCCAGCCAGGGCAGGGACAGCCACUCCUCCAGCCUCUCCGAACAGUACCCCGACUGGGCAGCCGAGGACAUGUUUGACCAUCCUGCCCCGUGCGAGCUUGUCAAGGAAAAGACUAAAUCAGAGGAGUCCCUCUCUGAUCUCACGGGUUCCCUCCUCUCCCUGCAGCUCGAUCUUGGGCCCUCAUUUCUGGAUGAGGUGCUGAAUGUCAUGGACAAAAAUAAGUAACAGGACACUGCCGGCUCUUUUCCUUUGGGGUAAGAGGUACCAAAAAACAGAACAAAACAAAACUAACCACAGUCAAAGAGAAGAGCCUCGCUGGCUAUACUUGCUGUCAUGUGAUGGGUUUUCUAAAAUAACGUUCCUACAAAAUAUUUUUUUACCUGCUAUGCCCUGUUUGCAAAACCAGUU